GGGUGGUAAUGAAAAAAAUAUUGAGAAACACUGGUCCAGAGUUUCUCACAGUCCACCCAAUGCUCCCUCAAAAUAUUUAUCGAAUGUCUACCUUGAGGAAAGAAUUGUGAGAGGCACAGGGAAUGUAACAGUGAAUAAGACAAGCAUGGGCCUUUCUGUGACAGUAGGGGAGAAAGACACAAAAACAAGCAAGAAAUUAGAGAAAAUAAUUACAAAUUUUGUUAUGAAAAAAAGCACAUGGGGGCUGGAAACAGGAAAUAAUGAGAUGGGGACCUCUGAACACCAGAGCAAGCAAGGUCAGUCUGAAAGGCUCUGGUUUGAAAAUAGGGGUUCUUAUCUGUAUGCUUGUACAGAUCCGGUUGCGGCUUUGGGACAGCCCCUUUUGCUUAUCGCAAAUUUCUACUACUUCCCUGUUCAGCAGCUUCAUGCCAACUUAGGUUUAAGGUCAAGAAGGCUUUUGUAUCUGCUUUGACACCUUGACUUUUUGUCACCACAUUUUAAAAUGUGUUUAUAUUAGGAGACUUAGGAACUUAAGGCUGUGUGAAUUUGGUUCAUGAAAGGGUAGUCCAUUUGGAAAAUGAAGAAAAAGUUUUUUGAGUCCUAGAAAAUCCACAGUUUGGCACUUUCAGAGAACUCAGGGAAAAUGUUGGAGCUAUUUCUCCUGAGAACCCUGUCCUGUGGGAAGGUGACUCCUUUAUAAAAUCAUUUGUAUGAGAUUCACCACUGCCAGGAUUGAAAUAUGAGCAGCUUUUCAGAAGGCAGCCACAUUUUCAGAACCAAAAGGCAAGAUAUGUUACUAGGUUCUGCUACUUCCCCUUUUCUAAUUCUUGCUGUCCUUGUCUGAGCAGCUGCCUCCAGCCCUCCUCCCUGGAUGGAAGAUAAACGUGGCAUUUGAUGAGACAGGCUCAGUCCUUAGCCAGGUAGCCAGGUCUCCAGGUCUCCAUGCAUCUGUGGCUGCUGCUGUUGCUGGUGCUGGCUCCCAGAGGUGAACAAUCUGGAGCAGCUCCUAAAGCUGUGGUUCUUCUUCAACCUACCUUGUUCCCAGUCUUCAAAGGCGAGACAGUGACUCUCACAUGCAAGGAAUUCCACUCCCCAGCUUUGGGAGACACAUCUUGGUAUCUUGAGGGGAAUUUGUUGAAAGAAAAAUCGGAAGAGAUUCGAGUAAAAAAACCUGGAAAGUACCAGUGCGAGACCAAAAGAUCUUCUCUCAGUGACCCCGUGCAUGUAGACUUUUCACCUGGCUGGUUAAUACUUCAGGCUUCAUACCCUGUCUUUGAAGGAGACAAUGUAGAUCUGAGGUGCUGGGGGAAAGAAGAUAAUAAAAUUAUUGACAGGAUUUACUACAAGGAUGAAAAAAAACUUGAUGAAUAUGAGAACAAAAAUUGUUUCACACUAUCUUCAGUCUCUAGGGACAAUGGCGAAUAUCAUUGUACUGCUUCUCGACAAUAUCUGUGGAAGAUACAUAAGCCAGAACAUUCAAAUCGUCUAAGAAUUCAAGUUCAAGAGCUGUUUCCACCUCCUAAGCUGACAGCCAGACCCUCUGAGCCAAUAGAAGGGAGACCAGUGGCCCUGAAAUGUGAGACAUCGCUCGCUCCACAGAGGUCACACAUCCAGCUUAAAUUCUGCUUCUUCAAAGAAGGCCAGGCCCUGGGAGCAGGUUGGAGCAAGUCUCCAGAGCUCCAGAUCCCCACCAUGUGGAGCGAAGACUCAGGAUCUUACUGGUGUGAGGCACAGACAGAAACAUCCAGCAUCAGAAAGCAGAGCAGCCAAUCUCAGAUUCAUGUGCAGAGAAUCCCUGUGUCUGAUGUGAAUCUAGAGAUCCGGGCCCCUGGGGGACAGGUGAUCGAAGGAGAAGAUCUGGUCCUUGUCUGCUCUGUAGCCAAGGGUACAGGCACCAUUACAUUCUCCUGGCACAGAGAAGGCAGAGUAAGUCUGGGAAGAAAAACUGAGCGUUCUUCGUGGGCAGAGCUGCCGGUCUUCGCUGUAAAGGAACGUGAUGCCGGCAGAUACUACUGUACAGCUGACAAUGUUCACGGCCCCAUCCUCAGCAAGUGGAUUGUAGUCACUGUGAGAGUUCCAGUGUCUCACCCUGUCAUCACCCUCCGGACUCCCAGGGCCCAGGCUGUGGUGGGGGACGUGGUAGAGCUUCACUGCGAGGCCCAGAGAGGCUCUCCCCCGAUCCUGUACCGGUUCUAUCAUGAGGAUGUCAUGUUGGGGAACAACUCAGCCCCCUCUGGAGGAGGAGCAUCCUUCAACUUCUCUCUGAUGGCAGAGCAUUCUGGGAACUACUCCUGUGAGGCCGACAAUGGCCUGAGGGCCCAGCACAGUCACAGAGUGACACUAAAUGUCAUAGUUCCAGUGUUUCACCCUGUCCUCACCUUCAGGGAACCAAGGGCUGUGGUGGGGGACGUGGUAGAGCUUCACUGUGAGGUCCAGAGAGGCUCUCCCCCGAUCCUAUACCGGUUCCAUCACGAGGAUGUCACUCUGGGGAACAGCUCAGCCCUCUCUGGAGGAGGAGCAUCCUUCAAGUUCUCUGUGACCACAGAGCAUUCUGGGAAUUACUCUUGUGAGGCCAGCAAUGGCCUGGAGGCUCAGCGCAGUGAGGCUGUGGCAGUCAAUAUCAUAGGGUCUUCCAGGAACAGAAAGGGCCUUAACACUGCAGGAGUCAUCGGGGGACUGCUCAGCUUCCUUGGCCUUGCUGCUACUGCUGCUCUGCUGUACCACUUCAGGACCCGAAUGAAAUCAGGAGGAAUUGCUGCCGCUGCAACGUCAAGUUGCAGACCCAAUGAGUCUCUGGAGCCUUCCUUGUCCAGGCCCUCUGGAACAGGCUGCCAGGAGCCCUCCUACCCAGAGUCACUAGCCCUAGUGGAGCUGGAGCCAGUGUACAGAAACGUAAAUCCUGAAGAUAGCAAUCUGUUGUAUUCCGAGAUCUUGAGAUUCCAGCAUGCAAUAGGAAAUUCAGCAAAUUCAUCAAGGCUGCAUCAGCAGGAUAAUGUGGGAACCCGCAGUCAUCUAUUCAGAGUUAAAGAAGGCACACCCAGAGGACUCCCCAAGACAGGCCGACAGUAGUGACAGGAUCCAUGAAGAUGCUACAGAAAACUAUGAGAAUGUCCCAUGCACAUCAUCAGCCUUGGACCACUAACCCCUUACCUAGAGAGUGCUGUAGAGAUCCUGGGGAAGUAGCCCGUGCCAUUCUUCCUGUUCUUUCCAAGCAUGUACCUCUUUCCCUUCCAGACUCUGCCCCCAGGAGGCUGGAAUGCAGGAGGUGCAAGGUUGUGCAAAAAGCCUGCCCAUCUCCUCUGUGCCUGAGUCUACAUGUUCUCUGGGAUAGAGUGGGCAGCAUUUGAGCAAGUGCUUCUUUCUUUCCACAGUAGAGACACAUGGCAGGGCAGGUGGGCCCUCAGCUUCUGGGGUUGUGGAAUAGAAGAGAGAGAAUCAGUCUAACAAGGAUGACAAGGGUGCAGUGAUGGCCUUUGAUCUAACUAUGAUUGGACUCUCUUGAUGUGCUCUCUCUGCAUAAGCAAUUUUCUCUAAACAUUUUGUUUCCUUUUUUGUGUGGUUGAUGGUGUCAUUGUUAAUGCUUUGAUAUAUAUGCUGUGUCCCUGUUACCGAAUUGGAAACAACCAAAGCAAGUUAUAAAAAAAGGUUUUCAGGUAACCCUAUCUGAGGUGCAUUUUUGUGCAUAUAGGAUGACAUUCCCAACUAAAUCAAUCUCAGUUAUGAUGAAAAAUUACCUCAAUGUGUCAUUAAAUAAUCUGGUUUAAUAUGUGACCCCUCUAUCCUUACUUCAGGGACCUAAGGUGCACAGAAUUAUAUUAAUCGUAAUCUUUGCUUCAUGACAGUCUCACCAUUGUUAUGAAUGACCAACUUAUAGUUAGUUACUAGUUUUAAUUAUGUUAGAAGGACUCACUGACCCCCAAACUAUAACCUACUACAUCUAAACAUUUGGCCUUUCCCAUUUGUUAUGGAUCGAAUUGUGCCCCCAAUUCCAAAAAAACAAAACAAUGUCUUGGAUUCCUAGCCCUUAUACAUGUGGAUGUCAUCUCAUUUGGGAACAGGGUUUUCUUUAUUAGUGGGGCCAUAUUGGUGUAGGUUGUAUCUUAAGUCAAUCACUUUUGAGAUAGAAAAAGAGCAGAAGGAGCACAUUAGACACAGAAGAAAGCAAGCACAAAUGGGGAAAGAUUGAUGCCACCUGGAAAUCACCAUGGAACUGAGGAAGAAAAGCUGAAAGAGAGAAAACUUUCCUCUAGAAUGAACAAUGAGACUUCCCCUAGAGCUACUGGCCUUAAUCCAGACUUCUAGCCUCCUAAAUUGUGAGACUAACUGUUCAAGGCCACCCACAUGUAGUAUUUCUAUUAUAGAUGCACUAAGGAACUAAGACACCAACCCAUUCUUCUGCCUCACCCCACCUGAUGUAAACAUCAUCCUGAGCCCCAAGUUCAUUAUUUCCUUGCUCUCCUAUUUAUAUCAUAUUAAUUCACGUUGGUUAGAAGCCCCAGUUCUUAACCACUGCACCACCAGGGUGCCAGUGUUUUCCUUAGAUGUAUAUUUUUCAUGUUAAUUGUUUCCAUUUUAUACAUUAAAAGGUUGUAUGCUGUAUGUAACAUUUUAGGACUUGCUUUUCACUUAAUGUUUUAUUUCUAAGAUUCAUCUAUAUUGUUGAAUGUUGCUAUAGUCCAUUCAAUUUUGAUUCCUACUUAUUAUUUCUUUGUGUAAAUAUCUGGCUUAAUGUUCUCCUAGCUCUCACUUUUGAAAAAACCUUUUCCACAGUGUUUGGAAACUUGAGUAUGACAAAAGUGAAAAACACGUCAACAAUUUUCAGAUGUUUGGCCCAUUUUGAAAUCCUAAUGUUCCCAAAUGUCUCUCAACUUGACAAGCCCUAGGAACACAUGUGGUCACAUUAAACAUUAAUCUCGGAAUCUUGCUGACACUAGGCCCUCAACUGGGUCAUGUAGGAAUUCCAGUUAUUUGCAAAGUAUCGCCUCCCUCUCUGGCCUAUAAUUCUAGGAAUUCCUAGGAGGUAUCUUACAUGCAUCCAAAAAAAUCAACCUUGACUGGUACCCACUCGCGUACCAUUUCUGGAAAUGUACUCUCAGGGCCAUUCUGGCCUCCACAGAUCUUAGAUUCCACCACUGUGGAAGCUCAAUUUUGAUGUCACCUCCAUCACUGCCAGCUAAAUAAUAGAUGCUGGCCUCAACAACUGCAAUAGUGGAUCCAUGCUGCUCCUCCGGGCCUCUGUCCCUACUCCUGGCCUUUGACAUCUUGGCAUGGUGUCCUGCCUUUGCUGAGAUGCUGAUCUCUGCCAGCUCACCUUCACACCUUGCAGUUUUAAGAUCCCCCACAAAGGAAGGAGGAGAAUGCCCCCGUUCUCUAUGUAAUGCUCACACGCCACCAUUUUUCUCCCCAUGGCAAAUACAUGCCUCCAGAGCAGCUGCUUGCAGACAGGUUGUGGGUAUCAGCCACCAGACUGUACUUGGAAGCUCUUGUCCCUUCUAACCUUGCUCCUAAUUUGGAAUCUUCUUGCCAGGUUCCUUUGUGUCUUUUAGUGAAUUUUCUCUCAGGGACCAGUUAAUCUCUUCCUAUUGUGCUUCCACUUCCUCUAGUCUGAAUUCAGGUAUAGACAAAGUAAGUUCAAGAUUUUCAUUUUAUCUGUAACAACCCCAAGCCCCAUGUAAGUCAGUGCAUAUAAAUAGAGGCAAAGGUGAGUCUCAACUUUACAUUUCUGAUAUAACGGUAGUGCAAAUUCUGACCUCCUCCCACCCCGGAAUAUGAAUUACACUCAUUUGUUGCACCACCUGGCUAUUAGUUUUGUAUUGCCACCUGCAAAAUCUAUAGUCCAGAAAUUACAAAUAGUAUAAUGGGGCUUUUUAAAAAACAAACAAAAAAACACCUGAAGAAAGCUCCAGCUUUCA